UCUCUAGUGUCUUGAAACUGCCAGGGCGCCACGAGAUAAACCUGCUUGCCCACGCGUCCACAUACCCACAGACACUGACAUUCUGCGGCUCGCGUUUUGACGUAUGACGAAAUGACUUUGAUUUCAUAUUAAUAGCGAGUACACUCUUUACUUCCCACGAUGGCAAUUGUAGUUUUGCGUACAUCAACUGUUUUUCACCCGACGACUGGAGCCUCGUUGAAUCCUUAAGUGCCCAAGUGGUGAUAUCGCCGUCAAUUAUCGCAAUUCGAAGGCCACAGGUUGAAGGUGCGACAACAUCAAUAAAGUCGGCAUUAUGGGCGAUCUAGGACAUGAACAGCAGCCGACUCGCGAAAAUGACACCAUGUUUCAGGCUUUCGAAUGGAAUGUUCCACCAGAUCAACAGCACUGGAAACGCCUGAAAGAGGCAGUACCGAAGCUAAAGGCCAUCGGGGUCGACAACAUUUGGCUUCCGCCGGGCUGCAAAGCACAGUCAGCGGAGGGCAACGGUUAUGAUAUUUACGAUCUUUACGAUCUAGGCGAGUUCGACCAAAAAGGCGGCAAGUCAACGAAAUGGGGACCAAAAGAGGACUUGAUUGAGCUUUGCAAGACGGCCAAAGAGAAUGGAAUCGGGGUCUACUGGGACGCGGUACUGAAUCACAAGGCUGGGGCUGACAAGACGGAACGGUGCCGCGUUGUCGAGGUUGACGAGAACGACUGCAACAAGGAGACAUCCGAGCCCUACGAGAUUGAAGGAUGGUUGGGUUUUGACUUCCCGGGUCGAGGAGACAAAUACUCCAGCAUGAAGUGGCACUGGGAGCACUUUGGUGGCACCGAUUGGAACCAGGAGAAUGAGCGCAAGGCCAUUUAUAAGAUCAUGGGUGACCACAAAGAAUGGUCUCAAUCUGUUGGCGACGAGCAGGGCAAUGCCGACUACAUGAUGUUUGCCGAUAUUGACUACUCGCACCCUGAGGUCCAAGACGACGUCAAGAACUGGGGGACAUGGAUCACCAAGGAAUUGGGUCUCAAGGGCUUCCGUCUCGACGCUGUGCAACACUUCAGUCAACGGUUCACGAACGAGUGGAUCGACAACUUGCGAGAUGAGUGCGGCAAAGACAUGUUCAUCGUCGGCGAGUUCUGGACCGCGGAGACCGAGCCGAUGAAGGAGUGGCUGGAAACGAUGGACCACAAAUUCUCCCUUUACGACGCGCCUCUCGUCUACAACUUCAGUCGAAUCAGCACCACCGAAGGCGGCGAUCUGAGAAAAGUCUUCGAUGGCAGUCUUGUACAAGAGAAGCCCAUCAACGCCGUCACUGUGGUAAUGAACCAUGACACACAACCAGGUCAAACCAUGGACACGAAGAUUGAAGGCUUCUUCAAACCCCUCGCGUACUCUCUCAUCUUGCUCCGUCAGGAGGGCUAUCCCUGCCCCUUUUAUGGAGAUCUAUACGGGAUGAAGAAGGGCUCGGAGCCGCCAUCCUGCGGGGGAAAGCUUGCUGACUUGAUGCUUGCUCGUAAGCUUUAUGCAUACGGCUCUCAGGAGGAUUACUGGGAUGACGCGAAUUGUAUCGGUUUCGUGAGGCGCGCGACCUGGGAUAAACCUGACGGACUUGCUUGUGUGAUGAGUAACAAGGGCCCUGGCGAGAUUCGCAUGGCGGUUGGCCAGGAACACAUCGGUGAGAGAUGGACCGAUUUGCUAGGCUGGGAGGAUGGCGAGGUGGUCAUUGACGAUGAGGGCUUUGGCGUCUUCAAAUGUCCAGGCGUCUCGGUAUCUAUAUGGGUUAACAAAGAUGCUCAAGGUCGUGAAAGGUUUCCUACCAACUUUGAUUCAAACAUCUAUCAGGAAUAGAUGAACGAAUAGUAGUUGUAUCGGUAAGGCAUUUGCUCAGGCAGUCACAGGUUAGAAAGAUGUUCCAGUUUCGAUGACAGCGAACUUCUCUUAAAUAGCUUCAUUGAUAAAAUCUCCAGACUCCUGUUUAAGUCAUACUGCUUCAUAUGUGAGCUUGCGAAGUCAACAAUUGCAUAUUUAAUGAGUCUUUACGCGACAUGAAGACAUCUAUGAUGUGAGAGCAGCAUCAUAAACUC